CAUAGGUACCAUGAACAGAUUUACGGUUGGCUUUCUGAUCUUGGGCGCUUUGAUCCUGGGAGUUUACUCCGCUGCCUUAGAUGGACCCAUUGACUUCUACAAGCUUUACGAUAACCCCGAGGCGCACAUAAGCCUUAAGGAGAAAAAAACCACGGCUGAUCGCACUGCCUCGCACGGAUAUCCUUCGGAGCACCACUACAUUGAAACCAAGGAUGGUUAUAUCCUGGGAGUGUUUCGCAUUCCAUACUCCCACAAACUGCAGAAUCAGAACGAAAAGCGACCCAUUGUGCUGCUCCAACAUGGAUUGACCAGCUGCUCGGACGCCUGGAUUUUGCAAGGACCCAACGACAGUCUGCCAUAUUUGCUGGCGGAUGCAGGAUAUGAUGUGUGGAUGGGCAAUGCUCGAGGCACUUCGUACUCCAGGAACCACACGAAGCUCUCCACGGAGAACCCACUUUUCUGGCAGUUCAGUUGGCAUGAGAUCGGUAUAUACGAUAUUACAGCCAUUAUCGAUUACGCUCUGCAUACGGAAAAUGGCCAGGAUCAGGAUGCCAUCCACUAUGUGGGCCAUUCUCAGGGAACUACUGUAUAUUUUGCUCUGAUGUCCUCGAUGCCGGAGUACAACUACAAAAUCAAGACCGCUCAUAUGUUUGCCCCUGUGGCAAUUAUGAAGCACUUGACCAAUGCAUUGGUGGUGAAGGUGGGUCCCUAUUUGGGUCACAGGAAUGCCUACUCGAUACUCUUUGGCUCCCAGGAAUUCCUGCCCCACAAUGAGUUCGUCAUGGCUUUGUUCUUUAAUAUUUGUCAGCCGGAUUUCUUGCUGCGUCCGGUUUGCGAAAAUGCCAUGAGUUCACUCUAUUCAGGAGGUCGUGUCAAUAUGACUGCUAUGCCGGAAGGUAUGGCCACCCAUCCGGCGGGUUGUUCCACCGACCAAAUGCUUCACUACUUGCAAGAACAGCAAUCGGGUUACUUCCGCCAGUUCGACCAUGGCACCAAGAAGAACCUGGAGGUCUACGGAUCCGAGGAACCCCCAGAAUAUCCUGUGGAGCUAAUCAACUCGAUGGUGCACUUGUGGUACGCAGACAGCGAUAAUUUGGCCGCUGUAGAGGAUGUCGAGCUGUUGGCAAGUCGACUGCCCAACAAGGUAAUGCACCAUAUGGAUGAUCCGGAGUGGAAUCAUGGCGACUUCGCCCUCAAUAACGAAGUGCGUAAAUACGUCAAUGAGCCGGUAAUUGCCAUAAUGGAGAAAUACGAGCUAGAGAACAGCAGCACGUGAUAAUAAGAUCUUUUGUGGAAUUAAUUUUAGGUUAGCCUUUAAGCUAGUAAUUUUUAAGGAAAUCUUGUACCCAAAAACAAAUUAAUAAUUUAAAAAAGUAAAAUACUGCUUUUGCUAUUUUUUACCAUUA